CGCUGAUGUUUUCCGUCGGCAACUCGACGGUUCAUUCAGACAAGCUCUCUUUCAGCUACAGCAUAAUUACACCUGAUACUUUUGUCUCACUUUUAUUUAUCAUUUCAUUUGCCAACCCUUGUGUCGCACUGUCAGGCGGAUUCACUUUCUGAUUGUACGAAACGGCGAUGACGAUACUCACUCGCUCCCCCGCGACUCUUUCAUUGCAGUUGUUUUCCACGGCUGUUCGACGUAAUGCAUCAACAGCUCGCUUUUUCCAUUUUUCCCCGCUGAGGACAGCCGUUGCCCAUCCUAUUACAGCUCAUGGACCUCCCCCGAAAGCCCCUGCACCGGCGCGAGAAUUUGGGGAGCAGCAAAAACAGGAGCAGCAACAGCAACAGCAACAGCAACAAGCAACAGAGGAAGAAGCGAAGGUUGCCGGAACUGAAAAAGAGACUCCGGCGCGACCAUCGAAACCUUCUGCUCUCAAAAAACGGUUUUGGAAAAAUGUCGAUGUUAGAAAGAAGCCGGAGGAAUAUCAAGUUUUGCUUGAUACCAGACCUGUCCGGACGCCGACCAAGGAUAUUCUUUCGAUCCCGCCAACCAAGCCUCAUCUGGCACACGCGAUUGCUCUGGAGUGGGAUGUAAUGACUUCAGCCCAACAAGCCCUGAAGCAUCAUCUGAUCCCGUUGACUUCGUUGACUGCACGGGGAGCGGACAUUGCUCGGGAAGAUGCGCAAGGCCAGACCACCACCAGGGAACAAAUCGUGAGGACUACCAUGCGAUAUCUAGAUACCGAUACAUUGCUUUGCUGGGUUCCGGAGAAGAACCCGUACUCGCCACCGGAAGUGGAUGAGAAGGGCGAGAAGAAGGAGAGUCUCCGUGAUGUCCAGGAACGAGUGGCCAGGGACGUUAUUGCGUAUCUGAGCACCAAGGUCUGGCCAGGGAUUGAAAUCAAACCUAUCCUGGAUGAGGGCAGCAUUAUCCCGGCUUCUCAACCGCAGGCUACGAAAGACAUUAUAAAGACAUGGAUCUACAACCUCCAGGCUUAUGAUCUAGCCGGCUUCGAGCGAGGAGUACUCGGUUCCAAGAGUUUACUCAUCGCCGCGAGAUUGGUGGCUGAAUGGAGCGAGAACUUCCGCCACGCGCAGAACGUGGAGCAGAGAAGGUUCGGUAUCGAGGAGGCCGCUGAAGCAUCGACCUUGGAAGUCAGGUGGCAGACUGACAUGUGGGGUGAGGUGGAAGAUACCCACGAUGUUGACAAGGAGGACGUUAAGAGGCAGCUGGGCAGUGUGGUUGUCUUGGUCAGCGGGGAGACUCGAUAAAUGUCACGGGUCUGAAACGUUUGUAUAGACUCUUGUAUUCUAAAUUAGAUACCUUUCUUGAUGAGAGACUGUAAAUAUAUGCAUUGUGUGUAAUAUAUUAAAAUUGACACAUACGACACAGUAAGAAUGAAUCACUUCCUGAAC